GACUCUCUCUCUCUCUCCACUUUCCAUGUGUAGUUUAUUCACCCAAUUUUGAUUCUCAGAUUCUUCGAUUCCUCGCAAUGCCACUACUUAUUUGAACCCACUCCCCAAUCCCAUUUCGUACGUCCCAUUUCCAAAACAGUGAAACCCAAAAAGAAACCCAAAACAAAAAAAAAUGAAAACAUCUCCUCUGUAUUAUCUUCUCCAAUUCCUCUCCGUUAUCCUCCCGCUCUGCUGCCACGCCUACUCAGACCUCGAAACCCUCUUGAAGCUCAAGUCCUCAUUGAUCGGACCCAACGGGUCCGGGCUCGCCGACUGGGUCGACUCGCCCCUGUCCCACUGCUCCUUCUCCGGCGUCACCUGCGACGCCGACUCGCGAGUCGUCUCGCUCAACGUCUCCCUCACCCCUCUCCACGGCGUCGUCCCGCCCGUCAUCGGCCGCCUCGACAGGCUCGUGAACCUCACCCUCGCCGCCGACAACCUCACCGGCUCCCUCCCCGCCGAGCUGUCGAAUCUGACGUCGAUGAGGCUCCUCAACCUGUCCACCAACAACUUCAGCGGGUCCUUCCCGGGGAAAAUUGUCGUUGGAAUGCCGGACCUCGAAGGUGUAGAUAUUUACAACAACAACUUCUCGGGAAACCUUCCCGCGGAGUUUGUCAAUCUGAAGAAGCUGAAGACUCUCCAUCUGGGCGGGAACUACUUCUCCGGCACGAUACCGGAGGCCUAUUCCCAAAUCCUUAGCUUGCAGAGCUUAGGAUUACAAGGGAACGGACUCACCGGGAAAAUCCCGGCGAGUCUCGCUCUAUUACCUGAUCUUCAAGAGUUAUGGCUGGGGUACUUUAACAACUACGAGGGCGAGGGCAUCCCGCCGGAGUUCGGAGCCUUGACCUCGCUGCGACUGCUCGAUUUGGCCGGGUGUAACCUCACGGGCGAAAUCCCGGCGAGUUUGGGAAAUUUAAAGAUGAUGCAUAGCUUGUUCCUCCAAAUGAACCGGCUAACCGGUUUCAUACCUCCGGAAUUGUCCGGUCUGGUGAGCCUCCAAUCUCUUGACCUCUCCAUCAAUGACUUAACCGGAGAGAUUCCGGGGAGUUUUGUUGAACUAACAAAUCUAACCUUGUUAAAUCUCUUCGGGAACGAUCUCCACGGCUCCAUCCCGUCGUUCAUCGGCGAGUUACCGAAUCUCGAGGUGUUGCAGAUUUGGGAGAACAACUUCACGUACGAACUGCCCGACAAUCUCGGGCGCAACGGGAAGCUAAUGAUCCUCGACGUCGCGUCGAAUCACCUAACGGGGGAAAUCCCGAGGGGGUUGUGCAGUGGGGGGAGGUUGAAGAUGCUGAUACUGAUGGAGAACUUCUUCGUCGGCCCGAUUCCGAGCCAACUCGGCGAGUGCAAGUCGCUGACUCGGGUGCGAGUGAGCAAGAACUACUUGAGCGGAACGAUUCCGGCUGGUUUCUUCAACUUGCCAUUGUUAGACAUGCUCGAGCUGAGCGAUAACUUGUUCGCGGGCGAGCUUCCGGCGCGUAUUUCCGGCGAGACGAUCACUAUUUUAUUGGUCUCCAACAACAAACUCACCGGGGAAAUCCCUCCGGCGAUCGGGAACUUAGCCAGUCUGGUAACUCUCUCUCUCGAUUUCAACCACUUUACCGGUUUUAUCCCUGGGCAAAUCUUCCAUCUGAACAAACUUUCGAAAUUCAGUGCUAGUUCCAAUAACAUCACCGGUGAAAUCCCACCUUCAAUUUGCCAAUGUGAGUCAUUAAGUGCAAUUGAUUUCAGCCAGAACAGCUUGUACGGUCAAAUCCCACUAGACUUAACAAAACUACCCAUCUUGGGAGUGCUCAAUUUGUCUAGGAAUUACUUAAGUGGCCCCAUUCCUAACGAGUUUGCCUCGAUGACUAGUUUAAACCAGCUAGAUCUUUCCUACAACGACUUUUCCGGUGGAGUUCCCACCGGCGGCCAGUUCCAGGCGUUCAACUCCAGCUCCUUCGCCGGUAAUGCCAAACUCUGUCCGUCGCAUAACCAAACAUGCCCUUUCUACCAAACUCCUAAGGAUUCCUUCAAGAAACAGCAUGCGGCGUCGUUUGGUACGACGAAGGUGAUUGUCACGGUCAUCGUUGUUGUUACUGUGUUUGCUGUUAUUACGCUUACGUGCAUGCGGAUUAGAGGGAAGAGAUUGGAGAAAUCGAGGGCGUGGAAGCUGACCACGUUUCAACGGUUGGAUUUCAAAGCAGAGGAUGUUUUGGAGUGCUUGAAGGAGGAGAAUGUGAUAGGGAAAGGAGGGGCCGGGAUCGUCUACCGCGGGUCCAUGCCCAACGGCAUCGACGUGGCGAUCAAGCGGUUGGUGGGUCGUGGGUCCGGCUGCAGCGAUCACGGGUUUUCGGCUGAGAUACAGACUCUCGGCCGAAUCAGGCACCGUAACAUAGUGAGGCUGUUGGGGUACGUAUCGAACAAGGAUACGAACUUGUUGCUGUACGAGUACAUGCCGAAUGGGAGCUUGGGAGAGAUGCUUCACGGGUCGAAGGGGGCGCACUUGCAGUGGGAGACGAGGUACAGGAUCGCGGUGGAGGCGGCGAAGGGACUCUGUUAUUUGCACCACGAUUGCUCGCCAUUGAUCAUUCACAGGGACGUGAAGUCGAACAAUAUAUUGCUGGAUUUGGACUACGAGGCUCAUGUGGCUGAUUUCGGGUUGGCUAAGUUCUUGCGGGAUGCCGGAGCAUCGGAGUGCAUGUCUUCAGUUGCUGGGUCUUACGGUUACAUUGCUCCAGAGUACGCCUACACGCUGAAAGUGGAUGAGAAAAGCGACGUGUACAGCUUCGGUGUUGUCCUCCUGGAGCUGGUCGCUGGCCGAAAACCUGUGGGCGAGUUCGGAGACGGAGUGGACAUAGUGAGGUGGGUCAAGAAGACGAUAUCGGAGCUUGCUCACCCGUCCGAUACAGCUUCAGUGCUUGCAGUCAUCGAUCAAAGGCUCAACGGGUACCCACUAACAAGCGUCGUGAACCUGUUCAAGAUUGCUAUGAUGUGCGUCGAGGACGAGAGCGUCGAGAGGCCUACGAUGAGGGAAGUCGUGCACAUGCUCACCAAUCCUCCUCAGUCUGCCGCGGCACCGCCUCUUCUCACGCUUUAAUAUCUUGGGUAUUGUGGUUUUUUUUAAGAGGUAUUUUGGGACUAAUAAUGGAAAAUGGUGUUGUUAAUAAUUUUGAUUUGCAGACCCAAAGCAGGUAGUUUGGGGUGGUAAUGUCCGUAGCCAUUUUAUGUAGAUGUGCUGAUCUCUGUUUCGUUUUGAACUUUUGUAAGCUAAUACUCCUAUGUUGUGAAAUGGUUAAUUGUA